CAUGACAUUUUAGUUCCCUUCGAAGAGUGACAGAAUCUUUGGCAAUGGCGACUCCUGAAGAAGCUAAGCUCCAGCAGUUUCUUCAAUGGCUAGAGGUCUCAAAGUGAACAGAGCAGAACUACGUGGUUGCAGAAUCAAAUACAGUCAUUCCAGUAAAGGGUUUGGAAUUUUCUCAUCUAAUCAUACAUCUGAUGGGAUACCUCUGGUGGUUCCAUUAGAUUUGGCUAUAACUCCAAUGAGGGUACUUCAAGAUCCUCUUCUCGGACCCGAAUGUAGGGCUAUGUUUGAGGAAGGGGAAGUAGAUGACAGACUCUUGAUUACCUUAUUUCUAACCGUGGAACACCUACGAGAAAACUCUUCAUGGAAGCCGUACUUUGAUAUGCUUCCAACCACAUUCGGAAAUCCACUUUGGUUUUCCGACGAUGAGGUGUUAGAGCUUAAAGGAACCACAUUGUAUCGGGCUACUCAGUUGCAGAGGAAAACGCUGCAGUCUUUAUUUGAUGAAAAGGUGAAAAGGUUGGCUGAGAAGCUUUUAACUCUCGAUGGACGUCCAAAAAGAGAUGUGAGAUUUGAAGACUUCCUUUGGGCAAACUCCAUUUUUUGGAGUCGAGCACUAAAUAUCCCUUUUCCACGCUGCUAUGUAUUUCCGACGAAUUCAGAAGUAGAAGAUAGCGAUAUUUCUAGCAAAAUCGUAAAUUCUGGAACACUUACUAAUGACUGCGGCAGUUUAUCUAACGGAGAGUCUGCAAAAGUAGCCGAGCAUGAUGCACUCCAAGAUAAAGUUGCUUCUGCUGCUUCCAUCUCACAAGGAGAGAUAGUUUGGGUGGAAGGUCUGGUCCCAGGCAUUGAUUUUUGCAACCAUGAUUUCAAAGCUGCAGCAACUUGGGAAGUUGAUGGAACCGGAGCAACAACUGGAGUUCCUUUCUCCAUGUACCUUCUUUCGGCUGGAGAAAAUCCUUCCCAGAUCGAGAAAGAGAUCUCAAUUAGCUAUGGUGACAAGGGAAAUGAGGAACUGCUGUACUUGUAUGGAUUCGUCAUGAAUGAUAAUCCUGACGACUAUCUCAUGGUUCAUUAUCCUGUGGAAGCUAUUCAAAACAUUGAAUUCUCAGAGUCCAAAGCUCAACUUCUUGAAGCACAGAAAGCUGAAUUGAGAUGCCUCUUACCACGAAGUUUGCUAAAUCGUGGAUUUUUCCCUCCAUCAGACGCUUCUGGGGAAGACAAAGAUAAAUGCAUCAGUAGUCAAGUUUGCAAUUAUAGUUGGAGUGGUCAACGAAAGAUGCCCUCUUACUUGCAUAAGCUAGUAUUUCCUGCAGAUUUUUUGAAUGCAUUGAGAACAGUAGCAAUGAAAGAAAAUGAACUUUAUCGUGUUUCUUCCCUACUUGAGGAGCUUGUUGGAUCUGGAGGAGAGAGGCAGCCAACUGACACAGAAGUCCAAGCAGCAAUAUGGGAGGCAUGUGGAGAUUCUGGAGCUCUGCAACUUCUUGUUGAUCUGCUUAACAUGAAGAUGUUGGAUCUGGAAGAGGGUUCAGGGACAGAGGAGAAUGACACUGAAUUACUUGAGAAAGCCUGCAUCGAAGAAAUUCCAGAAGAUUGCAGAGAAUCCAAGACCAAUGGCGGCAUCCAGAAUCAUUUUCUGAGCAGAAAUAGGUGGUCCAGCAUAAUAUAUCGGCGGGGGCAGAAACAACUGACUCGUCUGUUCCUGAAGGAAGCAGAGCAUGCAUUGCAAUUGGCAUUGACUGAGGAAAUCUAGAGUAUAUCUAAACCAAGUUUGUACAUUCAGCAAGAGAUCUAUUUGAGCAAAUAUUUGGUAAUGAUCUUCUCUUGUUGAUUAGGAAAAGACAAACGGAGCUUUCAGGUAGCAAUUCCUGAGGAAAUCUAGAUGUGUCUACCCAAGUUUGAACAUUUCAAGAUGGCUAUUUUAGCAAAGAUUUUGGUUAUGAUCAUUCCUUGUUUUUAAAGAUAUUGGAUAUGUUAAACCUUGGUAGAUAGAGUUACGUGACACCGGGUAAGAGCGUGCGGUGCUCGAUAGAUUAGUCGAGAUGUGGGCGAGUUAGGCUGGACACUAUUGUUAUGUAUAGAAAAAAAGGAUGAACAUGGUACCUGCUGGUGAGAGCGAGCUGGUACUCGGUGCUCAUCACAAUUUCUUUUCUUCAUUAUUCUGAUUUUGGUUUCCAUAUACCUUAAUGCAUGAGAAUAAACUUAUUAUAUAAUUAUUUAUUGCUAUUUUACUUG